AUGGCCUACGACCUCGACGACAAGGGCUCGCCGAAGCUCACGGACGAGAAGCACCAUCCGGCCCACGCCGUCUCGACGAGGGAGGUCGACACCGCCGCCGCCCUCGUCGCCGGGGACGACCUCGAGCUCGACGAGGCGGAGGCGUUGCGGGUCCGAAAAAAGAUCGACUGGCACAUCCUUCCCAUGAUGUGCGUCCUGUACUGGAUCCAGUUCAUGGACAAGACCACCCUCGGCUCGUCCGCCAUCCUCGGCAUCCGCGAAGCGACCCAUCUCACCACGAACCAGUAUAACUGGCUGGGCACGAUCUUCUAUCUCUCCUAUCUCGUCUUCGAAUACCCGCAAAACCUCGCCCUCCAGCGCUUCCCGGUCGGAAAAUGGAUGAGCCUGAACAUCCUCACGUGGGGCAUUGCCCUCGCCGCCCACGCGGCCUGCACGUCCUUCGCGGGCCUCUUCGUCGUGCGCUUCAUCCUCGGCAUCUGCGAGGGCUCGAUCACCGCCGGUUUCAUGAUCGUCUCCAGCAUGUUCUACACGCGGCGCGAGCAGACGCUCCGCGUCGGCUACUGGUUUUUGAUGAACGGGACGGCUCAAAUCAUAUCCGGCUUCAUCUCCUUUGGCGCGCUCCACAUCCACACCAAGGGCUUUGAACCCUGGCAAUGGCACGUCUCUCCUCAGCUGAUGAUCAUCACCGGCGCGCUGACGCUGAUCACCGCCGUCACGUACUGGUUCCUCUUCCCGGACUCGCCCACGAACGCGUGGUUCCUCACCCCGCACGAGCGCGCGAUCGCCGUCGCGCGCAUCAAGGAGAACCAGACCGGCGUCGAGAACAAGCAUUUCAAAAAGGAGCAGAUGAUCGAAGCCUUCACGGACCCGAAGACGUGGCUCUUCGCGCUCUUCUCCGCGCUCGACAACGUGCCCAACUCGCUCACGAACCAGCGGCAGAUCAUCGUCGCCUCCUUCGGCUUUUCCAACCUGCAGACGACCCUCCUCGGCUGCGUCGACGGCCUGAUCGAGAUCGUCACCAUCUGGACCGGCGUCACCCUCGCCGCGCGCUGGAAGGACGCCCGGGCCUACGUCGGCGCCGUCUACUUCCUCCCGAACCUCCUCGGCGUGCUCCUUGUCAACUUUUUGCCGUGGAGCGACAAGGUCGGGCUGCUGUUCGGCCAGUGGUUGACGGGCGUGGGCACGACCGGCUUCGUGCUCUCGCUCUCGUGGGUCUCGUCCGUCACGGCGGGGCACACGAAGCGGAUCACGACGAACGCGAUCAUGCUCUGCGCGUAUUGCAUCGGCAACGCCGCGGGCCCGUUCAUGUGGCAGGCCAAGUACAAGCCUAGAAACCACGUCCCGUGGAUCGUGAUCGGGAUAUGCUACGUGAUCUGCCCCUUGCUCCUCCUCGCGCUCCGCGUCCUGCUCAAGAGGGAGAACGAGCGCCGGAACGCGGAGCCGCCGGACACGACGUACGACGACGUGUACAUCGAGGAGGUCACGCCGGACGGGAAGACCGUCGAGCGCAAGGUCGCGAAGGCAUUCCUCGAUCUGACAGACAGGGAAAACCGCGACUUCAGAUAUGUCCUGUAA